GCUGAGCGACACAGAAAAGAAGAGCGGACAACUUGAUUAUAGGCAAUUGAACUGAUUAGAUGAUAGGCCUGAUGUGGAUUUGUCAAAGAUGAACCGCGUCGAGACGAUGCGCUGAGACGCAAACGGCCCAGGCUCUCCGGUUGUGCGCUCAUCCAGAGGCUGCAGCUAACGGAGAGAGAGAGAGAGAGAGGGGGGUGGUGGACUGCGGAAGAAAAGAGAGAGGGGAAGGGGGAAAAAAAACCCCAAGAGGUUUCUGAUCCAUAAAGGUUGUGCCUGACUCAAAAAGGAGCGAGUCUCGCCCCUGGAACUGGGGGCGGAUCAGCGGAGAGGUAGAAGUCUAUCCAAACGAUGGCCACCCUACUGCGGAAGAUCGGUCUGAUCCGUCUGCACGACCGAGACACGGAGGACCCGAAGCACCACCAGGGCUCGCUGAAGGGGACCAAGGGGAACCAGAAGAACAACGCCAACAAACACUGUCAGACCGCCAACGAGACCAACCUGCUGAGCACCCCGGAGAUCAAGGCGAGGAAGCUGGACCAGCAAGGCAAGGACAAGCAGGGCAAGGAUGCGAAGGAGAAGCAGCAGACGGUGGGUGGAGGCGGAGGUGGCGGCGGAGGAGGAGGUGGCGGCGGCGGCGGCGGGAGCAAAGCCUCCAGCGCCUCCUCCGUGCCGCCGCUGGCGCCCCACCGGCAGCACUGCACCCAGGUGCGGACGCGGCGGCUGAUGAAGGAGCUGCAGGAGAUCCGGAGGUUAGGGGACAACUUCAUCACGGUGGAGCUGGUGGAGGACAACCUGUUCGACUGGAACGUCAAGCUGCACCAGGUGGACAAGGACUCGGCGCUGUGGCAGGACAUGAAGGAGACCAGCACCGAGUUCAUCCUGCUCAACGUCACCUUCCCCGACAACUUCCCCUUCUCGCCGCCGUUCAUGCGGGUCCUCACGCCGCGCCUGGAGAACGGCUACGUGCUGGACGGCGGGGCCAUCUGCAUGGAGCUGCUGACCCCCCGCGGGUGGUCCAGCGCCUACACGGUGGAGGCGGUGAUGAGGCAGUUCGCUGCCAGCCUUGUAAAAGGACAGGGCCGUAUUUGCAGGAAAUCAGGAAAGUCCAAGAAAGCUUUUAGUCGUAAAGAGGCCGAGGCCACAUUCAAGUCCCUGGUGAAGACCCACGAGAAGUACGGCUGGGUGUCCCCGCCCAUUUCCGACGGCUGAGUGUCCGGUCGCCAUCCCUCCACCUGCCCGUGCUAGCCGGAGAGAAGAAAAAAAAAAAAAACAAGCUAGCCUCAACGCGCAAAACAACACACCAUGCUAACUCAAAAAUGACUCAUCUUCACUUUUGGCUAUUUCACUCAACGGUUUUUUUUUUUGGUAACUUCUUUUCAUUAUUAUUGUCACCACACUACUACAGAAGCGUUUUGUUUUGUUCUUCACCGUCUUGUCCAGGGAAUCUUUCUGCUAGCUCAGAAAGAGGCAGAAGAGCAAGGAGCAUGUUCGUGUAUGAAUGUUUCACUUUAAAAGAAAUCAGCUGGGAAUGUGCGUCACUUCCAUCGGAUUUAUGUUUUCUUUUUUUAUGUGUUCUUUUCUCUUUUUUCCGCCCAGCACACACCUAUCUACGUGCAGCCGGACAAAUCGGAUAUGCGAUCUUUUUUUUCCACCCAUGUGAAAGACUACUGAAUAAAGGAGACUCAUCUUUCUCACCAGUCCUCUCUUUAGCACUGAACUGGCUACAACCAACCAUUCGUGUAGCUCUCGGGUCAUUUACAUACAAAUUAAGCUGUUAAUGUUUAAUAGAUGGGCAGCGCACUGGCAUUUAUACCCACUUGUUCCCUCAUUCGUUUUUUUUUUUCCCUCUUGCUUUCGACUGUGCCGUUGCUCACGGUUCAAUGCAACAUAACGAUUGUAAUUUACAUGGAGCUGUGCUCUUACUCUUUCUUCUUUAACUUGCUUUGUUUCUCUUUCUCUUUCCUUCUCUUGUGGCUAAACUUAGAGAUGUGUUGCGUAGAUGGAUUUUAAAAAAAGUCACACGUUGCUUUAUGCAGAGACCCUGUAUGAUAAACUGAAUGACAGUCAGUCACCUUCUUUCUUUCUCUCUCUGCGUUCAUGUUAGCUUGUCUGUAGGAGUGGAAGGAGGAUAUAAUUCCCAUGAUUUAGAUACCAGAUGGUACAGCUGAAGGCCGGGCCUCAGUGUGUGUGUGUGUGUGUUUACGAAGAGACAACCCUUUAAAUGGUGAAACACGUGGCUAACUGCGAGCGACGCUACGACUUGAAGGGAGCGCUAAUUUCUUUAGCUAAACCACUAGCCGUCUUGUCCCACUGUCUGUCAUUACGUUAAACAUGAGUGGAGUUUUAACCGUAAACGAGGUCUGUCGACCCUUCAUGUAAAGAAGAAAAUGUUAGGAGAAAAAAAA